CUGUCACCCGCCAUGGCCCAGGGACUGCCCAGUGCCAGCAGCCUGGCCCACUUCUGCCAGAUGCUGAACCAGGUGAAGCCACUCAAGGAGUCCUCCAAGGAGAUGAUGCCGUUUCACCACCUAUCCAUGCUGCACAUGAUCCUCCUUGGCAUGGGUAGAAUUGGGGGCUUGAGUCUCUUUGUGCUCACAGGUGCCAUAGCCAAGAAACUGGCUGCCCCAGCCAUCACUGUGUCCUUUGUUUUGGCCACCAUGGCCUCCCUGCUGGCCACCCUGUGCUAUGCAGAGUUUGGGGCUCACAUACCCCCACAUGGCUCUGCCUACCUCUUGAUCUACGUGUCCGUGGGUGAGCUGUGGGCUUUCCUGGUUGGCUGGGACAUGCUGCGCAUGUACAUUAUUGGUAGCACUUCCAUGGCCCGGGCCUGGAGCAGCUACCUGGAUGCUAUCUUUGGCUACCACAUCAGCAACUUCUUCAAGACCUACCUGGGUGUCUGGCAGGUGCCCUUCCUGGCCCCCUACCCAGACUUCCUGGCUGCCGGCAUCCCCCUUCUGGCCUCUGUCUGCAUCUCCUGUGGAGCCCGUGUGUCCUGGCUCCACCGCAUCUGGAGAGCCAUCAGCCUGGGUGUCAUCCUCUUCACCACCAUCCUGGGUUUCAUCCUGGCCUGCCCCCAAAACUGGAGCUCCCAGGAGGGUGGCUUUGCACCCUUUGGCUUCUUGGGCAUCCUAGCAGGCACAGCGACCUGCUUCUACACCUUCAUUGAUUUUGAGAUCAUCUCCGCCUCCAGUGAGGAGGCCCGGAACCCACGGCAGGCCAUGCCCAAGGCCAUCAUCAUCCGUCUGGCCCUGGCGGCCAUCACCUAUAUCCUGGUCUCGACCAUGAUGACCCUCAUGGUCCCCUGGCACAGUCUUGACCCAUACGCAGCCCUGGCUGAUGUCUUCCUCCAGCGAGGCUACAACUGGGCUGGCGUCAUCGUGGCGGUCGGCUCCGUCUGUGCCAUGACCAUCAUCCUGCUCAGCAACCUCCACUUCAUGCCGCACUUCGUCUAUGCCAUGGCAGUCGAUGGGCUGCUCUUCCAGGUGUUUGCCCAUGUCCAUCCUCGCACGCAGGUCCCCAUGGUGGGCAUCUGGGUCUAUGGAUUCCUCUCGGCCACCCUGGCAAUGCUGCUGGACCUCGAGGCGCUGGUGCAGUUACUGUCCAUAGGAAUGCUGCUCCCCUACACCUUCAUGGCUGCUGGCGUCAUCAUGCUGCGCUUCCGGAAGGACUCUCCACCCAGCCCCCUGGGCCAAGCCAGCCCCAGCCCCGGGACUGGGGAAUGCAGCUCCUGUAAUGACCACAUGCAGCCAGUGGAUGACAUGCAGGCUGUGGACCCAGAGCCUGGGCGGUUGCGGCCAGCCCUGAGGCCCUACCUGGGCUUCCUGGACAGGUGUGGACAUGGAAAUGCUGUGGCCUGGGCACUGGGCCUCCUGGUGGCCUCGGCCGUCACCCUGGGCUGUGUGCUGAACUUUGGGGACUCGGUCCUGCACCUGCCUCGCUGGGGCUACAUCCUGCUGCUUCUGUCCAGCGGGGUCGUCUUCCUGCUCAGUCUCGCCGUCCUGGGGGCCCACCAGCAGCAGCACCGGCAGGACAUUUUCCAGGUGUCCCUGGUUCCCCUGACACCAGCUCUGAGCAUCCUGCUCAACAUAUGUGUCGUGCUGCAGCUGAGCCUCCUGACAUGGUUGUGCUUCUUAAUCUGCCUCCUGAUGGGACUCCCCGUGUAUUUCAGCUACAGCACCCGGCACAGCAAGCUGAACCUGCGGGAGUCCUCAGGUAGAGACAGCCAGGUGGGGACGGAGCAGGGGUUGCAGCCACUCAGCCGGCCGCCUGCCCAGGAGCCUGGCCACACGGAGCAGCCCACUGAACCAUAA